AGAGAGAGAGAGAGAGAGAGAGAGAGAGAGAGAGAGAGAGAGAGAGAGAGAUGAUGGCAUGCUUUGAAAGGGCUUCACCAGCAUUGAGGGAAAUUCUUUUGAAAAUACACAGAGCCGAGAGGCCCGUGGAAAUAGAUUACCACGUGCACGAAUUUGGUUCCGUACACUACCAUGUUCAGUGUUCAGCUUCGGAUCCACAUUGCGCCUAUUUAUCAUUAUCAACACCUCUUCUAUCUCGAGGGCUCACAUUCUCGUCACAUCUUCCGGAGCAUAUUCUAGAAACGGUUAAUGGAGUAUUCCCUCGGAUUAUCGAAACUAUAGAGCCCUCGCAAGAAGGCUACCAGCUCACUUUGAAGCUCGACUUCUCGAGAAUUCCACACAGUAAAGCUUCCACAAAGAUUAUAACAGAAAUAUCCUCGGUUCGAGCAGUAAUACUUAGCUCCCACCUUAAAGAAAUUCUAACAAAGGUUGAUUCAAACGGGAUGUAUAAACCAAUCAAACUCGUUUAUCGUCCAAGUGAACCGUUCUUUCUCAUCAAACAGCAAGCGAAAAUCACCGCAGUAUUUCCGAUGCGAUUUAAGGAAAACGAGGACGUAGUUAUUGCUACAUCCUUCUUUCAGGAACUUGCAGAUGUAGGAAAUUCGGAAAAAUGUCGUAAGGCUCCUCGUUGCAUUUGGUCACCUAUUCCACCUCCGGAAUUACGAGGAGAGUCCAUCGAAGACCUGUGCACAAAUUGCGGAUUCGUCACUUUCGAUAUUACGUCGCGUCACGUGGAAGGAAAGAACCUAGACAAAACUGUAUGGAACCUACUGAAUUUCUAUACGUUUGUGAAGUAUUACGUGAAGAGCACGAGAGGUUUUAUACAAAGAAGGAUGAGACUUCGUUUAGAGAAGCUGAUUCGGCCGUUGCAUGAUGAUGUAGAUGUCGAUCAAGAAGAUCGACGUCCUGAAAAGAAAGCCAAAGGAUGCAAACGAGUCAAGAAAUGGAUAAACGCCUCGAAAUCGAAGAUCGUUAGAAAGAGACGGAAGUUGAUGAAUAAAAUUAAGCGGAUUCGGUUUCGAAUCAAGAUACAUAGCUUCGUCGGUCGUUUUAGAAGACGAUGGUUGAAAUUGCCGAAAUUUUCUCGAGUGACAAGAUACAUAAAACUGGAAUAACUGCUUAGAAUCAAGAUACAUAAAUUCAGUGAAAUAUAUCUUUUUAAAUACUAGUACAAAUGCUAAAAUUUAUU